CACCUGAGCUCUCAUGUUUCGCCUUCACCAGACCACCUAAUUUUUAUAAUCUCACCGUCCAAACGAUAACUAGCAACAACAAAAACACAGAGAUUAACAAAUUACUGAAACUUCAAAAGCAUCUCCUUCCCUUUAUAAAUCACAUCCCUCAUGCAUUUGCUCAAAAACACUCUCCACCAACCAGCCCAAAACACAACCAAAAUGGUGUCCCUAGAAAUUGUUCAGGCAACCUCUAGAUCCAUGGACACACCUUCCAGCCCCCGGAUUUCGUUCUCUGCCGAAUUCCUCGACGAAAAUAACUUCAUCUCCAUUACCCCAAAUGCCCAUCAGGGUGAGCAAGAUCUUAUAAUGGAGUGUGAUCAAAAGGUACGUAACCCGGAAUUCGAGUUUCUCUCAAGCAAUGUGAGUAGCCAUACCAUGUUAUCUGCAGAUGAGCUUUUUUUUGAAGGGAAGCUCCUUCCCUUUUGGCAAAAGCAGCAUGCUGAGAGGCUCAGCAAACUUAGCCUCAAAACCAAAGAUGUUGAGGGAGAUGAGAAUGAGGAAGGGGUGAACAAGGAGGAGAGCAGAGGGAGUUGGUUUGUUGAUGAUGACCCCUCUCCAAGGCCACCUAAGUGCACCGUUUUAUGGAAAGAGUUGCUGAAGCUGAAGAAGCAGCGUGCUUCGUCGUUGUCCCCAUCUUCUUCUUCCUCCUCUUCGACGUCUUCUUCGAGCUCAUUUGCUGAUGCAGCAACAGCAGAUCAAGAGAAGGAGGGGAUGGGGAACAAAGAGAAGUACAUGAAGAGGAUAAAGAAAGGGUUGGAGAGAACAAGAUCAGCCAGUAUAAGAAUAAGGCCAAUGAUCAAUGUGCCAAUUUGCACACAGGUGAAGAGCACUUCCUUGCCACCUUUGUUUCCUCUCAGGAAAGGAAGGCUAGAGAGGUGAGAGCAUUUAGGAAUUUGGUAGAAAGAAGAGGCUGGUUUGAUCUACAGCAUUGUCCAACAUGUUCAUUGCCUUCUCAAUUUUUUUCACUUCUUUCUGGGUUUCAUUUAAGAUUUGUCUCAUGUUUAGAGUGUUGAUUAUGGUGGAUCUGAAAAAUCAUAAUGUAAAUGCUAACUUUCUAGUUUGUGGUUCAAUAUUAACAAAAUUUGUUUAAUUACUUGGUCCUUCUUGUAUUGCCCAAAAGUACAUACAGUUUUCUGCCAACUGGCUCUCCUAAAUAAGCAACUGGAAAGUGAGAAGUCAUGCAACAUGCAGAUGCAAAUCUGUGACUCAGUGGGUCCAACAUGUGAGGCAUGGCAGCAACAGGAAUCUGAUAUUUGACCUAUUUUGCUAUUCCCGGUCAUUCAUGUUAUGCCAUACGUGAUAAUUUUUUCACUUGACAUAGCGUGAUUGGACAGGGAUAGUUGC